UGUGUAUGCAUGUUAUGGUAGCAGAUUUUAAUGCGUUCAGAAAUUGCGGGUGGGGGGGUGGUUUCAGAGGAGACAGUUAACACAUUAAAUAUGCUCACUUACGUGUGUUUUCUGGUCAUUAUCAGCGUUAGUGGAGGAAACGCAGCUAUCCAUUCUCUGAUGUACACAUAUCUAGUGACAUCUGGUAUUGAAGAUGGUCCAGUGUUUAUGACAGUGGGCUUUGUGGAUGGUGAGCCCAUAGUGUAUUAUGACAGCAACGUUUACAGAGUGAUUCCCCAACAGAAAUGGUUGAACAUGUUUGUGGAAUCUGACUACUGGGAUAAAGAGACUCAGAUCUCCAUAAGAUUUCAAGAACUAUACAAGAUUAACAUCGAUACUGCAAAGGAGCGCUUCAACCAGAAUGAAGGUGUGCACACAUAUCAGGUAAUGUACGGCUGUGAAUGGGAUGAUGAGACAAAUGAAACAAAUGGGUUCCUCCAGGAAGGAUUUGAUGGAGUGGAUCUACUGUCUCUGGAUUUGAAGGAGAUGAGAUUUAUUUCUCUGGUGCCGGAAGGAUUCCCCACCCAAAAUAAGUGGAACAAUGAUAGUGCCUGGCUUGAGAAUCUCAGGUUCUACUUCAGUGAUUUGUGUAUUGGGUGGCUGAAGAAGUAUUUGCUGUAUGCAUGGAGCAGCCUGAAGAAAAUAGUAUCUCCUCAGGUGUUUCUGUUGCAAAACGAUCCCUCCUCCCCAGUCACAUGUCAUGCUACAGGUUUUUACCCUAUUGGAGUCACAAUCACCUGGCUGAAAAAUGGGCAAAUCCAUCAUAAAGAUGUGGAGCUGGGUGAACUUCUUCCCAAUGAGGACGGAACCUUCCAGAAGACGAGCACACUCACAGUUACACCUUAUGAGCUGAAGACGAACAAGUACAGCUGUGUGGUAGAACACCAAAGCAAAACCUUCAUGGAGCAUCUGACAGAGGAUGAGAUCAGGGCUAUCCAUGGAAAUUCUCUUCCAAAUGGCAUCAUUGUUGGUGUUGUUGUUGCUGCUGUCGGCGUUCUGUUGGUUAUCAUCUGUUGCACUGCUUGUAUGGUGAAUCAGAAGAAAAUUGAAUCUGAAAGUAGCUCUGACACCACUAGAAGACCAAAGGACAUGGAUCAAAGUGUGUUAUUUCUCGGCGAGACAAUGCUUCAGGCAUUUUAGGAGACACCGGGUGUGUGAGCAAGAUAAGCUUGAAAACGACCUAUUCACAAACCCAUUCACGCACAUGAGAAUGUAUCAUGGAUUUUACAUAAAUAAACCUAUAUUUAUUAUUAUUAUUAGGGGCCAAGCACCUACAGUAAAUAAUCACAAAAGGUAAUUAUUUAUGAAAAGAAUAAAUGAAAAGAAAUGCAUGUUUCCUUCAAGUUUUUCUCAAUCAAGGAUGCAUUGCUUCAGUGUUUUAAGUAGCACCCUUUUAUUCUUUAUCAAAUCAUGUUGUGCUUUUUAUUGUUAUUAUUAUUCUCCAGAACUCCAUGUUAUAGAGAUUCAUCAAAAUGGUGUCUAAUCAAGUGAUUCUUAAAACUUUCAACAAGCGAAAAUAGAAUUGUUCAACAUGUCAUUGCACCUUGUCAUGGCACCUUGCAACAUGUCAUGGCACCUUGAGUGGUUAUCUGAGUUACUGUAGACUUUGUCAGUUUGAACCAGUCUGGCCAUUCUCCAUUGACCUCUCUCAUCAACAAGGUGUUUCUGUCCACAGAACUGCGCUCACUUGAUGUUUUUUGUUUUUGGCACCAUUCAGAGUAAACUCUAGAGACUGAAAAUCCCAGGAGAUCAGCAGUUACAGAAAUACUCAAACCAGCCCAUCUGGCACCAAAAAUCAUCCAAUUUAAUCAGUUAAUCGUGUGGCAGCAGUGCAGUGCAAAAAAUCAUGCAGAUACGGGUCAGGAGCUUCAGUUAAUGUUCCCAUCAACCAUCAGAAUGGGGAGAAAAUUUGAUCUCAGUGAUUUGGACCAUGGCAUUUUUGUUGAUGCCAGGCUGGCUGAUUUGAGUAUUUCAUUUUUAUUAUUAUUAUUUUUUACAUAUUCUUUAAAAAUAUAUUACUCUGUUAACAUUCAGAAUGUAGAAUUUUCCCCCAAUCAUUAUACAACUUGAUACCACAAUAAAACUGAACCUGAUGAUGCAACAGCAGCCAUAGUGCACCAGAACGCACACCAGCUAUUGGUGGAGAGGAGAGAGUAGAGUGAUGUAUCCAAUUCAGGGAUGAGAUUAACACAAGGCCAUGAUAGAUAGGGGCCAAUUUGGCCAGAACACCAGGGGUUACACCCCUACUCUUUACAAGAUGUGUCCUGGGAUUUUUAAUGACCACAGAGAGUCAGGACCUCAGUUUAACAUCUCAUCCAAAGGACAGUGCCUUUUUACAGUAUAGUGUCCCUGUCACUAUACUGGGGUAUUAGGACCCACACAGACUGUAGAGUGAGCACCCCCUGCUGGCCUCCCUAAUACCACUUCCAGCAGCAACCUUGGUUUUCCCCAGGAGGUCUCCUAUCCAGGUACAUGGCCAGGCUUAACCCUGCUUAGCUUUAGUGGGCAACCAGGCAAGAGCUGCAGGGUGAUAUGGCUGCUGGUAAACAUGGCAUUUAAAAUUUCUUUAGUAUUUUCAAUAUUGGUCAAUACAGGGGUGUAGAUUAAACAGGGUGUAGAUAAACAUGGAAAAACUAUUUGACAAAAGUAUGUCACAAGUUAGACAACAGAGGUGCGGAUAUCUUGAGACUCACCAUCUCAUGUUUUUUAACCCAUUUGUAUAAUAUUAACUCUGUCUUUAUAGAUAAACAACAAAACUUACAAUGUUUCAUUUCUCUUUAAAACCCUUUCUGGCACAGUGGUUGCUAUAACUUUUCUCCACUUUAGUUUUGCUUUAAAGUUGGAAUAUUUAUAACAUUUUGAAUUAUUCUAGAGCAAGAGAAAUGGUUUGAGUGGUAAUUCAUUAGCUGUAGUUUCUCUCCAAAGUUUGGUGCCAGCUGAACUACGUUUAAUAAUGCACACAUUCCCAUAAAUGUUUUGAUGUGAUUUUGCACUGAUGUGAUACACUGUAUGUAUAACAAA